AUGGUGGGUUGCCAGUCCACAGCUGAUGAUGAUGUCGAGCGAAGAACGACGCGAAAUGGGCGAGCAGUUGCAGCAUCCAGUUCGCCACGACGAAAAGAAGCAAGUCCACGACCAAAGGCCACACCAAAGGCAAAAAAGCCGAAGGCUUCGAAGGGCGAGAAGGCAGCGACCCCUAAACUGAAUGCGCCUCUGAGCAUAUUGACGGCAGGACUACUCCACAUUCCUGUCAAGAACAUGGAAGAGUGGGUCAACAGGUCGGCUGACACCAGGAGAGACGAAGCAGAGAAGCGGAACGGGUACAUCACUCGGCCCAUGAACUCGUUCAUGCUGUACCGAUCCGCGUACGCAGAGAGGGCCAAGUCCUGGUGCGCGCAGAACAACCACCAGAUCGUGUCGUCCGUGGCAGGCGAGAGCUGGCCAUUGGAACCCGCUGGCAUCCGUGACUUGUACAACGAGUAUGCGAAGAUUGAGAGGAUCAACCACCAGAACGCACACCCGACAUACAAGUUCUCUCCAAGCAAAGCGGCGGCUCCACCCAAGAAGAGGAAGGGUGAAUGGUCCGACGAUGAAGAGCCGAGCGAUCUCGACGAUGCUGAGUGGGCGCCUGGUAGCGGCAGGACUCGUAACAGGCAAGCAAGGAGGAUUGAACGGUCCCUUAGCUACCCCUCGAACGGCAUGAACCCGGAAUUCUUCGACCAGCGCUUUGGGCCCAAUGGCCAUGGAGUCAACAAGUCCUCGUGGGAGAUUACGAACGAGGGAAGGCCGUUGCCGAUGCCGAUGCACCACGACAUGUACAACCAGUAUUACCAGACUGCUGCGUACCCUGCCAUGAUGGGCGCAAAUUAUCAGGAAGACAUGCGCAUGCGAAGAGUUGGUAUUCCAGCCCCUCAGCCACAAUUCUCGUCAGACCAUGCCCUGUUAGGACUUCCUGGAGGCAACUCGGGCGACCUAAUGCAGCAAACGCACUCGCACGUUGGCAGGCCCUUCGAAGAUGGCCAAUUGGAUCCGAUGCUGCUGGCUUAUGAUGGCAGCCACUCCGACUUCGAUCCAAACGCGCUCCAACACGGCUACCGAAACGGCCAUGGCAUCAUGCUCGACGCAAGGCUGGAGCAGCAUGAUAUCGAUAGCCUUCUGGAGAUCUCACCAACGCGCAACGACUAUCAUUCUGGCCCGUGGCAGUCCGACCCAACCAUGGUCUCACUUGAGCAGGAGUCUGAGUUCGACAAGUGGAUGGGUGAGCAACAGUAG